AUGCUGAAUCUUAGUGCUACCCUUCAAUUCUGGAAAAUCGUGGCAAACCCUUCAUUGGUGAACCCGUCGUUGGUGGUCCCCACUUUCCAGCACCUGCCUGUGCUGCCGCACAUCCGCGGUAUGGUGCUCGACAAGGACAACUGUAUUGCGGAGGACCACGACGACAAGAUCUGGCCCGCUUACGAGGAGAAGUGGGCCCUGCUCAGGAAACAGUACCCGGACACGCUGCUGAUAGUGAGCAAUUCCGCAGGCACCGAUGACGACACCUCGGGCCAGGCCGCGCGGCUGCAGCAGAACACCGGGGUGCCUGUGCUGCGGCACUCGACCAAGAAGCCUGGGUGCUGGCCAGAGAUCGAGCAGUGGUUCCGUGCGCGCGGGGUGCUGCCGCACGAGGUGGCCGUGGUGGGGGACCGCCUGUUCACGGACAUAUUCAUGGCGAACCAGAUGGGCGCUUACGGGGUGUGGCCAGAUUCUCUUCCACCUCCAAUGGCACCACGAACCAACAUCUCUGCGUUCCGCGUGAUGCUCGAGGCGUCCGCGGGCCCCACCGAGAUCCGCCCCGCACGCAUCCACGAGGUGGCCAACUGGGACGCCAUAUUCUCCAACCCCAAGAUGUUCUCGUCGAUGCUGAUCUACGUGGCGUUCAUGAUGGCCCAGCUCGGGCUCAGCUACGCGGGCUUUGUCUACUUCGAGGUCGAGAACCGCCCCGCCAUCUACAGCGUGUCGUUAUUGUACAAUAUAUUUGCGUCGUACUUCUUUCCAAUACUUAUUGCGAGCGCCAUGGAGGAGAACCUCGAGAGCCCGUUCGAGAGCCUUCGCCGCGAGGUCAAGGCGUGCCAGGGGUUUGUGCUGUGCAUCUGUGUGCAGGCGGUGGCGCUGGCGCUGUCUGUGUGGUCGACGGUGCGCAUUUUCCAGACCGACCAGGUGAUGCUGAUCGACUAUGAUUAUCUCACCAGACGGGCCAACAAGAUCGACGUCACCAGCAUGAUCAAGGUCUUCCAGGUGGUGAGUCUGACGCUGACGGGUUUCGGGUUUCUGAUGAGUUUGGUGAACUUCUGGAUCACCAGAAACAGACUGAUCCGGUUCUUGCACCGCAUCGAGCGCGAGCACCAGCUGGCCAACGAUAACCUCGCAGACGACUUCUACGAGCGGUGCAUCAAAACAACACGCCGCAAAAACGUCCAGCGUGCUGUUGGCAAACGCGUUCGAGUGCGUCUUGCCGCUCGCAACCUUGUACGGCAGCAUCUCGGACGUCCACACGCGGCCGGAGCUCUGGUUGACGUGGAUCUUCUGCGGCUGUCUCGAGUUGAUGCACAGCAUGUACGUCAUGAAUAUAAACGCAGCAUACUGCGACGUGAACUGUUUGCGGAACAGCCAGAACUCCUCGAACCGUGUGUAGUGCGCCAUGAAGUAGUCCUUCAUCACGGUGCUAGGCACCAGCAUCGACUGAAUCGCCGCCAGGAUCUCCGUCUUGACGCUCAGCAGGUCUGGUUUCGGCAGCCGUGGGUCGUACGCUGCGUGCAGCUUCUCGAUCGUGUAUGCAAACGGCUGGUCCUUGUUCUGGUUAUUCUUGCGGCAGUAGUCUUCGUAGAUACUCAGCAUGUUGACGUAGUCCUCGCUGUCGCUCAUGAUCCGGAUGUGUGGACUCAACGGAAUGGCAACCGGCAACGUCAGCUCGAUGUUGCGUCUUCUAGCCUGCACAUUCUUGGACAGAGCGUCGUUGAAGAUGCGGAACAGUUGGAAGAUCCGCUCCUCGCGACGACAGUGUCUGGCGGCUGGGAAUUGCACCGCAAACGGAUGCAGGCUGCCGUCGUGGCCACGGAUGGUGAUCCGCUUGUAGCACGCGGUAGGACCCCUGAUAAACUCCAAUGUAGGCAGGAACCGCUCGAUCUUGACAAAGUGGUUGUUGGACUCCUUGUUGAGCAGGUACUGGCCCGGAAUCUCGAUCUCCUCGAACUUCUGGUGGUGGAACUGGCUCAGGUGAGGACAAACCCGUUCCAGGUUCAUCUUGCCGAAAUUUCUAUCCAGCUUCUCCUCCAAGAAGUCCUUCCAUUUGCGCAGCUUGCUGAUAUACGUCUCAAGGUUUGGCUUGCUCUUGAUGAUGUCCUGGUCGAACUCCUCGCGGAUGUGUUUCGCCUGCGGAUACGACUUGGCGAUCCGGAUCAGCACAUGACGAGCGAGUCUGGCCUCGCGGUGCGACAGCGACGUGAGCAGCUGCGGAAUGAACGUGAUCCAGUGCCAGACAGGCAUGUCUCCCUGGUGCGACUCGAACGUCUCUGCGAGCGUGCCGUUGGCGUCGUCCAGACUGAUGAGCCACAGGAUACGGCACAACAGUCGGCGAGCCUUGCUGUUCUUGUACAAGCCGGCGGCCUGCAGGUAGCAGCUGAUGGCGUGCUUGGCGUACGAGAUGUCGUUGUUCUCCUUGAACCGGGCAUCGUUGAAGAAUCCCCACUCGGCCCAGGCCUUCGGCAGUUUCGCAAGGAACAUUCCCUUCAACGUGAUGAACUCGGCCUUCUGCUGUGCAGCAAAGUAUACCAGGUUGGUGUUGCUGAUAACGUCCAGUCCCGUGCUCAACUCGGCUGGGUUCUGGUAAUGGCACUUGGCCUGUUCCCGGAGCUUCAAGAAGGCCUCCUGGAUCUCAAUGUUUGGAAGAGUGUAGAUCUUGGUCAACUGGUUGAUACAGACCUCUGGCAUAUUGUGUUUUCUAGCAACGUGAGCAAAUCUGUUGAUCACCCACGCAAUCUCGUGGUAGCCUCUGAAAGCGUACGAGUUGUUGUUGGAGUUGUUCUGUUGCAAAGCAGGAAUCAGCGGCAUGUACACCUUGUUGAUCACGUUGAACGCAUGCUGUCUCCAGGUAACCAGAUCGUUCCAGAUAUUGAUAUCGUCCCAGACGUUUGGCAACCGUUCUCUCCAUGCCUGCAAGACUCUCUUGAGUUCCUGGCUCUUGACGUCCAGGUUCUGGGCGGUGGUAGUUGCCAGACUUCUGUAAACCUGGCUGGCUUCCAUAAACUCAACGUACUGCUGGAAAAUGUGUAA